AGUUCGGGUGGCACUGAGGUGGUGGGAUUGAGGCGGUUGUUUGGAUGUGUUGCAAUAGUUUGAGUGCUGAGUCAGGAGUGCCAACUCAGAGCUGCUGCUGUCGGUUCAUUUCCUCCUCUUAUUCCUCUGGCAUUAUUCAGCAGGCUCCGAGGUGAUUCGGGGUUGCAUGUGUGUGUGUGUGUGUGUGUGUGAGCGCUGGAUUUUUCCACGUUGCUGUGUGGUGAACUUGUGUUUCCCCGCGCUGUGGCGCCGCGCACUGCGGGGGUCUGGACGCGGGAUUUUGGGGGCUUCUCGUUUCUGGUCUGCUCACUGGAGCAUUGCGCACAGCACACUUUUUUUUUUUCCUGUAAGCGGCUUGUUUAUAAGAAGAAUGAACACUGAAGCGGGACUGGAGACGGCGAGACUCGAGCGGUUUCGCGUGUAAUGUGCAUGUCGAUGGAUUUGUGUUGUCGAGCUUGAUUGCGGAAAAAACCGUCUGAUGGCAAAACGUGGCGCUUGAGGACGUGCUCACUAAGCUUCAUGCUCUCAGCUCAGGGGACCAUGUCUGUCCACAUAGUGGCCCUGGGCAGCGAGUGUCCUGGGGGAGUGGGGACAGGCGAGGAGAAUGCCGCUCCAGCACAGGUGCAAGGAGGGCUGCUGUGGAGCUACCUGGGCCGUGGAGCCAGAGAGCUGGACCCCACGUCCACCACUCCUUCCAGACACCCGCUGAACCCAGCCUUUAUGGAGUACCAGUCUAGAGUGUUCGGAGAUGUCCGAGUGAUGGUGCGCGACUGUCCUAGCUGGGACUUGCUGGACAGUGACUGGGCCAGCGUGCGGAGUGUUUUGGAGCAAGCUGAUAUUGUGGUCAUUAAGUAUUCCGUAAAUGACAAGCUGGCCUUCCAGCAGGUCCGAAAUGGCUACGCCCCUCGACUCCGCCCCCUCCUGCGUCACUGGGGCAUGCCUGUCAUCCUGGUAGCAGUCGGGGCGCGGCUUAACGAUGAAGGGCCGCCAUGCACAUGUCCCCUGUGUGCGUCCGACUGGAGCACUUGCGUUCCUCACGGCGAGGGGCUCCAGCUGUCCCGAGACCUGGGCGCCACCUACCUGGAGUUACCUUCGCUCAAUAACUUCUUUGUCGGUCGCUACUUUGGCAGUGUGCUUGAAUACUUCAUGAUUCAGUGUCUGAAGCAGAAAGCCAAAGAGAGACCUGACAAGAGGCGGGGUCACCGGUUUAAUGAGCCCCGCCCUCCACACUUGGACCAACCAGCGCGUCUUCCUCCGGUGCGAGUGGAGGAGUCCAGCUUCUCUCAGGACCUGCAGUGGUUGCUGGAGCGUGGCGCGCAGUUUGCUGAUGUGGUCUUUUAUGCCGGGGAUUCUGGGAAGGAGCUGGGAUGGGCGCAUGCAGCUGUGUUAAGUGCUGUUAGCCCCUAUUUCAAGCAGCUGCUGGUGGGGAGGCAGGCGUGGGAGAGGCCCAUGUCCCGAUGUGCCUGCCGGGAGAGAGACAGCCCCCACUCUCUGCUGUCCACUUGGGAUGGUGGUUUGGAUGACCUGACCCGGACAGAAGGGCAUCUACCUGGGCAAAUGUCCCGGCUAGUGGUGAAGGACCCACUGCUGUGUAUAUGCAUGUGGGAGACGCUGAUGUUUCUCUACAGAGGGGCCUGGGAGUGGGAGUUUUUGGAGGAGGCUUUGGCUGAGAAGCUCAAGAACCCUUUAGCAGUGGCCCAGCUGAUGGAUCGAAUACGCUCGUUUGUUGGGAGAGAAAAGGCCCUCAGGGACACGGCUACUCCGCGCUCCCAGCCUGGUCCUCAAACACUGGGAAACAUCUUCAACUCCCCUCUCUACUCUGAUGUCAUUUUUAUGGUGCAAGGCAAUGUCCUGCCUGCACACAGAGCCGUGCUUGUUGCUCGCUGUGAUGUCAUGGCGGCCAUGUUCAGCGGCAAGUAUGCAGAAGCCCGGAGCCGAGUAGUACCCAUACACGGGGUCUCCUCCGACACCUUCCUCGCCUUCCUGGAGUAUCUCUACACAGACAGCUGCUGUCCAGCCAGUGUGUUGCAGGCUAUGGCGGUACUCGUCUGUGCAGAGAUGUACCAAGUGAAGCGUCUGCAGCACCUCUGUGAGGUGUGUGUGUGUGCGUAUUUGCAGAGCAUGCCCAGCCGGGAGCUGGCCUCCACCAGCAUCAGUGUGAUCCGGUUACUGAGGAGAGCAAAGUGUCACAAUGCUGACCAGCUGUAUGUCUGGCUCCUGCACUUCAUUGCCAAUAACUACCUGAUCUUCAGCCACAAACCUGACUUCCUGGAGCUAUCAGGUGAGCUGUCUGAGACCGUCUGUAAAGCUGUUCUGUUAAUUACUACAAAUAAGGUGUCCUUGUCUAAAAAAAAUCUGACCAAAUGCCCUGAACAGAUGUUAAAGUACAUAAACCCUUAUACAUCACCAUAUGCUAGUCAUGACACAACAAGAAAUGCUAAUGCAGGUUGAACCCCGGGGCAUUCUGCUGUGUUGUGAAUAAUAAUUCAAGGCAGAAUAGUAUAGGCAACUCUUAAAGUACCCCUGAAUUUAAGAUGGGAUUUAUGAAAUGGUUAAUUCCUCCUGAGGAUGGUACUCCUCACAGCUCCAGGGUCCACUGUUCGAUCCUGAGCGAGGACGCCUGGGGCACAGUCUGCCUAAGAGUUGAUGUUCUUUAUUUUUAGCAAUAUCUUUAAGAAUAUAACAUUGUUUUAAUACUGAUCUAUUAAAAUGUGUAUCAUAUGAUCAUUGAGUAAUAAAACACAACAUUGUGUGGAGUUACUGUUACCACCCUGAAGUUUUCCUAUAACAGUAAAUCCCAAAAUGCUUUGUUCCUUUUAUACCACAACCAUUUUUUCAAUUAUUAAUUUUUUUAAUUUAUUUUUAAUAAUAAAUUUAAUAAUAUUCAAUAUUAAUGAAUGUCACAUCAUAUUUUUUAUAUAUUUAAUGCUGUGGAACAUCCAUUAAACAAGUUAGUUCCUGUUAUUACUCUAACCAGUCAAUUUUUUCUCUCUUGACGUUAAUAAGACAAAAACAAGACAAGCAUUUUGUCAUGUUACUGAGAAACCAUUAAGAGCAAAGUCCUCUGUCUAGAAGACUUUCCUGUGUCAGAUAACUUAAAGUUAUGGCUUUACCUGACACCAGAGGCUCCUUCCAAUAAAUGUCUCCUUACGGAAAGCUGCACCAUAUCAAAAAUUAUUUGAUUUCAUUUGUUAAAUACUGUUUUUAAAUUCAUUUAUUAGUUUUAGAUUAUUCCAUCAAACGAUUCCCUGUGUAAGUUGUUACUAUAGAAACAGUAAUGUAUUAGAACAAGCACAUUAAAAUAUACAAGACUUUCUGGUAACGAUAGUCAUGAGUUUGGAUUUUAAUACAGAAAUUUUUUGUUUUGAUAUUGGGCUGGUUUUUGGGUUUGUAUUAAAUGUAUUAAACCAUUUGGCUGGCUUUGUCACGCUGGCUACACAUGCACACUUUUUUGUGUUUAGGUCUGCAAAUAGCUGUACUGUGCAGCCAGUCAUAUUUUCAUACAGGUACAAAGAGGCACUACACACUUUUUUUAUUCUUCACACAUUAUUUUUUUAUUUUUUUUUACUGAUUUCUAACAUGUUCAGGGGUACUUUAACAGACAUUUCAAUGUAUUUCAACCCAUAACAUUUAACAUAAAACAGAUCAUUAAAAAAAUAGAUGCAAAAGAUGGCUUCUGUCUUACAGGAGAUCCAUGACAACAUGCAAGUGCUAUACAUUAAUGCAGGUUUAUCAUCAUGUACUGUCUCAAUGUGUUUUAGCAGUUAAUAUUAUAGAAAGAGCAUAAGGUAUAUGGUGAACAGGCAUUGCGUGGGUAUUGGCGGGGUGAGGGGGUGUUGCUGUGUCUUCUUCAUGGUCACAGUGCUGCUGUUGGACAGAGGAGGAGCGGGAGCAGGUGGAGCGGCUGCGCUGGCCCUCCAGAGGCUACCUGCAGGAGCUCAGCGAGUACCAGCAACGCAGACGGCAGCUGCGCAAGUCCCGCUGCAGCAUCAUGUGACCUCCCGGAGUUGCCGCCCUGAAGAUGAUGACAGAAGGACACGAGAAAGAGGAAAGAUGAGUCACAAACAUGAAAUAUGCAGGCAGCGCAAUUCUGCCGGACAGCUGGAUUAUGGCUUUAAAAACUUAGACCUUUGAUCCUGUGACAUUAGCACACAGUCAUGUGAUCUCAGAGACCCCGCGUGGACACUGUGGCCACAGACGUACUGUGUUUCUCUUGGUGCCCUAUGACACGGAUCUGGCUUUGUGUACACACAGAUAAACUGUUCCUCCAAAAGGAGACUAUUUACUACAACAACUGUGGACACGACACUAAGUGAGUGGACGUGAAGGAGGAUCUAAAACCUGGAAGCAGAAUAUGGAGCUAAAAUCAUGCCAUUAGAAAUUUCCAUUUGAACAAAUAUUAAAUCCGAUUAAAUUCGAUUUAAAUUGGAUUUGGAAUAGAGUGUGAAUACUGAGGUUUGUAAAGUAAGGCUCAAGAUAAAUUUCAAGCUUGAGGAAAUACAAUUACAAGGUUUGAAAUUUACAAUGAUGUAUAUAAUCUAAAUGUCCAGAUUUAUAAUAUAACAUAAUCAUAAAGUCUUCUCAAAGUUCUAUGAGUCAUUCACAUUCUUUGCUUUGCUUUCAUAGUAACGUCCCAGUAACAUGCAGGAAAAUUUGUUCAAAAUCAUUUUUGUCGCGAAACUAGUGCAUUUACUGAUAAGGUCCAAACAAUGAAGUGUUGAAAUCAGUUAUAACUAUAUACGAAAUAUGAUCAUUACUAACUUCCUGGAGUUGCCAGAUUUUGUCAUGUAUACAGCACAGAUUAAUAAACAGGAUUAAACUAUAAAAACUACCCGAUUAUCAGGUUAUUCAGUACAUCUAUAUUAUUAUUAUUCAGGUCGAGAAGAGCUUGUGUUAAAGAAAACACACAGGAGGCAAUUUGAAUGUUAUGACGUGCUCUCCUGUGGUGGAUUUACUGAGAGGUUGUGAUACAUUACCAGGUUCAUACAUCAUGAACCCUUCGUUUAAAAAGAAAACUGAUUAUUGACUGACUCAUAGGGUGAGCUCUCUCAUUAUCAGAUUAUGUAAGUACCUGUAAGUUGCAUUACUCAGCUAAAUCUAUUGACAUAUCACUAAUGAUCCUAUAGCAAACCUGUCUAAAUUCAUUUAUUCAUCUCCAGUAGCCUCUUUAUCCUGGUCAUGGGUUGCGGAGGAUCUAUCCCACGAACACUGGGAAUACAAGGUGGGAAUACACCCUGGAUGGGACACCAGUUCAUCACAGGGCAUCACACAGACAUUUACACACAUAUUCACCAUUUAGAGUAAUCAAUCCACCUACUGGCAUGUUUCUGGCAGUAGGAUGGAACCCACACAGGGAACCCAAGCUCAGGAUGGACCCCUGGAUCCUGGCACUAAUUCCUAGUCUCCUCAAGCAUGAAAUUUAGCUUCACACUUUGCAUCACACCUUUACAAACCCUUUAAAUUCAUCUUCAGUUCACAGCUCAAUUUCAAAUAUGAUCAAAUUCAAAGCAAUAUUCAAACUGUAAUUUCUGAUGGCAUGAUUCGAACUCAGUCGAAGCUGGAAUAUAUUCCCAAAGUGUUAAACAGGGUAGGGUCAAACACAUCCUCUCCAGAGAUGUUUCUCACAUCCUCAUGGUCUGCCAUGGUCUCUUCAUGGUGAGAAUUUCUUUGAUCCGUGAUUACUCUUGCAGAACUUCAAAUAUUUAUUUUUUUGCCAUGAGAUUAUAAUUUUACGGCGAUGCUAACUAUUUUUAUAACAUGUACAUCCGAGAUUUUUAUUUGGGGGAAAUAUGUAUGUAUGUAUUAUGUAUCCAGCAUGUGGAUUGUUAAGUGCAGUCAGUGUGUUGGAUUUAGAGCCUGUUUCUGGCUGUCUGUAGUCUAGUGCAGUUCUGUCGAUCUUCAUCUCAAAAUGAAUAAAGGCAUUUUAGAAGGA